AUGUCCACUUCGUCCGUCUCAAAGGGCUGCUUUGUUUUCAAGCCCAGUCCUAAAAAGAAGAAGCAGCAGCCUCACGAUUUAGAGAGUUUUUUCAUCCAUGGCUGUGAAGGUGCUGACAGCAGUCAGCUGAGAUUCAACCUGUGUCAGGAUCUGUGGCACAAAAUCAAAAGUGACACAGAGGUUUUACAGGAUGAUCUGAACAGAAAAGUCUUGGACAGCUUGCUGGAGUUCACCAAGAAGUGCUCCACUCGUGCACACGACGACUGGACCUCGCAGAUGAGGGCCAGUGAAAUUCCCACCGCCGCUCUCGUGUUGGGUGUGAACGUCCCAGAUCAUGACAUGACCUUCCAGAGCCUGUCUGAGCUCCUCCGGCAGUCCGUCACUCCUUUCGUCGCUUCUGUUCAGGCCAAAGAGUGUGGAGCGCUGAAGCAUUUGAUGAAGAAGGUCCUGGAGAGAUUGAUGGACACUGAUGUGGCUGUGGUUGAUGAUGAUGAUGAUGAAGAGGAGGUCGACGGUGAGCAGAAACGGCUGUGCAGAAGCGUGCACUGCUCUCUGACCGCUCUCUGUGAUUGGUACAUUUCAAAAACAAAGAAAUCCAGCUGUGGCACUCCGGGGAAAAAGCGCAGUUCUUCUGCGAGUUAUGAGCAGCAGCCUCCUGUUGUGGUCAUUUUGAAAGAUUUGGAAGCUUUUAAUCCAAGAGUCCUUCAGGACUUCAUACAUGUCUGCAGCCGAUACAUUCAGGAUCUUCCCCUGACCUUCAUUUUUGGGAUCGCCACGUCGCCCAGCACCAUCCAGCACAUGCUGCCUCACUCUGUGUCCUCGCUGCUGUGCAUCGAGCUCUUCCAGUCCCUGUCCUGCACCCAGCACCUCACCACUGUCAUCGACAAGCUGAUCCUGACGCCUUCAUUCCCCUUCAAACUCAGUGGAAAAAUGAUGCAGGUGCUGAUGAGCAUCUUCCUUUAUCACGAUUUCUCCGUCAGGAACUUCAUCAAGGGCCUGCAGCUGGCCCUGCUGGAGCACUUCCACACGCAGCCUCUCAGCGUGUUGUGCUGCAGAAAGAAGAACGCUCUGCAGAACGUGACGCAGCUCGGUCGCAGAGACCUGGAGAGGAUCAGGCAGCUGCCGUCAUUCAAGAGAUAUGUAGAGGAGCAAGAAACACAAGAGCAGGACAAGCUGAUGACGGACGACAGUCAUUUAAAGGACGUUUGUCAGGAACUGAUUAAAGACCUUCAUAAAUACCACAAGAGCUAUUAUCCCAUCCUGCGGUGUCUCCACACCCUGACCUCAUCGUUACCUCGGCAUCCUCUCGGGAAACAGAUCAGGGAGCUGCAUUUGAUUUGUCUGGAGAAGAACGUGUGGGAGUCUGAGGAUUACCAAUCUGCCAUGAAGCUGUUAAAAAUGUUGGCUAAAGAUGAGCUGAAGUCGUUGCUUCAGAAGUGUGCAGAGAUAUUACAACCUGCCGCUUCAACAGAGAUUACAAAUGCUCUCGCCCAGCUGGAAGAACUCGUCUCCAAAUUCCAACAUCUGGACGCUGCUGCUGAAGUGGCGCCUAACGUCGAGGAAACCGUCGCCUCUUCGGUGAAAACCCUCCAAAAGAAAACCGAUCUGUUCCAGCUGAAGAAGACGCUGCUGGAGAUGAACGAGUCUCGUAGAUCCAAGAGGAGGAGUCCGUAUGAAACUCUGAGGAACGAAGCCCUGGAGUUUAUCGACACUUUAGUGAAGAGUUCUCUGUCUCCGCCCGAGUCCAAGCCUCUGUUUGAAGUCUGCUACUACAGUUCGUCUGCCGCCGUGAGACGCCACCUCAACGCUACGCCCCGCACCUCCAUUCAGGCUGCUCUCAGCAGCCCCUUCCAUUACCUUCAGAAUGACCGACUGAAGACGGAGGAUGGAGCGGUGUCUAAUGCUGCUCCAGAUAUCUGCAUUGCUUACAAGCUCCACCUGGAGUGUGGCCGGCUCAUCAACCUCUGCGACUGGCUAGAAGCUUUUGCCACGGUGGUCUCUGCUGCGGAGGGCAACGAUCCAGACUUGGACAGCGUUGGCAAAGUAGAUGAAGUCGUGCACGCUCGCUUCAUCCGCGCAGUGUCCGAGCUCGAAUUUCUGGGCUUCAUCAAGUCAACGAAGCAGAAGACCGACCACGUGGCUCGACUCACCUGGGGCGGCUGUUAAAGACGUCCCUCAAAGGAAAAAGAAAAUCCCAUUUCAAGUCGUGCUGAUUUAGAUUGUUCUAAUAAAACAUGUUUAUUAA